CUCCUCGGUAUUAAACGACUUCGAACGACAUCUUACCAUCCAAUGGCAAACGGAAUGGUCGAACGUCUACAUAGGCAAUUAAAAGCAUCUCUUACAUCCGUCAUUGUAAACAAUGAUUGGGCCAAUAAGCUUCCUCUAGUAAUGUUAGGUUUAAGAGCAACAAUUAAACAAGAUAUGGGAUGUUGUCCAGCCGAGUUGGUAUACGGAACUACUCUACGGUUACCCGGAGAAUUUUUCACUUCGAAUAAAUGGGUUCCGACUGAUGUAGCCAACUACGUACAACGCUUGAAAAAGCACAUGAGCGAUUUAAAAACAACACCACCCAGACCUCAACAACGACAGGUAUUCAUACCUCAGGAGCUACACAAAAGCACUCAUGUAUUCAUUAGAAGAGAUAAAGUACAACCACCCCUGCAACCGAAUUACGACGGUCCGUUUAAAGUGACAGCGAGGACAGAUAAAACGAUUACCAUAGAAAAAGCUGGGAAAACAGAUGUGAUCAGUAUCGAUAGAGUGAAACCAGCUUUCAUCGAUAGCGAUAUUCAGUCAACAAGUACAAAAUCCUCGAAGAUUGUCACACCAACGAAACACGAGUCUCAAGAAUCAACGACGCUAACGCAGCAAAAAGGCGAGACUCCAGUAACAACGAGAUCUGGCCGCAGAGUAAGAUGGCCUCAACGCUACAUCGCUACAAUUUUUUAUUGAUAAUUUACUAUUAUUUUGAAUAUUAAUUAUAACUCUUCCACUUCAUUGUAUACAUAUAGAUUAUUAAGCCUGUAUUAUACACGAUAAAACUAGGCAUAUAUUAUGUACCCUACACUUAUAUGUAAAAAAAAAAAAACGAACGAUAACACUUUCCUUCUAUUCCCUACUAUUAUUUUAUAUAGCCUCACGGACAAGCACAAACCACAUACACAACACAUUUAGCUUCAUCUUAAUUUUGUAUAAGCACUUUCCUUAAACAAUUGUAACUACUCUAUUCAGUUUACUAUUUUUUGUGCAAACACAGACAUUUUUUUCUAUAUAUCUUUGUUUGCAGGGGGGAGCUAUUAUAGCAACUCACGUUCAAUUGAGUUUGCCCUCAUCUAAUUCGUUUAAGCCCUUUUGUUAACCUAGUAAACGGACAAGGUUAUCUGUACUUUAACAACUUAUUCUAUCUUUAUUAUUGUUAUGCUUGUAUGAAUAAGCAUGCUUGAACACUGUUGACUGCCCACGCAUAUAUUCAUCCCACUAACCUUAUUAUUAUUCGCUUAAUCGAUUCGAUAGUCCAUUCACUUUUCUAUAUAAUUACAUGUAUAUUUAACACUCCACACAUUUUUCCACACAUUCUCACACAAUCAAGGUUUGCUGACUCAUUCGCCUCUC